ACCGCCCCGACUGGGGCGGACUCUUAUCGGUACAACCACAUCAACCACCACGACACUCACACUCAGCCUGCACCUAAACCCUCAUCAUCACGAUACCAGCGGAGUAGACACCAUUCAGCAGACAGCAGCGUCUCGGAAACCGAGCAGCAACAGUCGCUACUGCAGAACAGCUACGAGAAUCCUUCUUCUUCUGCUCAGCCCAACCACAACUCGGCUCCCUCGCCCGCCGUCCGCUUCAACGAGGCACAGCUCGCCAUGUUCUCGGCCCAGAGCGCCCCCAUGGCCGGCCUCAAGGACGAGCUCACCCUCGCCGCCGGCAAGGUCACGCCGGGAGUCGACGACACCCCUCACAUCCAGUACGCCAUUGACGCCCUCACUGGUAGGCGUCGCGGUGACGACGACGAAUACGACGAGCUGGACCUUCAGGAUGCCGCCUUGGGCCGCCAGCAGCAGCGGCGGCGACGCUUCCAAAACUUCCAGCCUGCCGGAGAAUACCAGCCCGUCGAUCAGGCAGUCACCCACCCCGACUCCCCGCUUCGACAGCUUCCUCCCCUCACCCGCGAACGCACCCCGACCACGAGCCACCCGCCGCCCCUCGUGAUGCCCGAGACGGUGUACGGCAGCCCCAACCGCAUCGGCCACCGCGCCAGCAUCAGCGAAACGACCUCCCUGCCACGCACCCCCGUGUCGCAGGACGAGCGCUUCCGCCCUCUGUCACCCGUGUCGACGCGCAUCAUCACCCCCUUCUUCCCCGCCGAACAGGGCGAGGGUGAGUACCAGCAGCAUAGCCAGCAGUCUCUCCCGCAGCCCAUCGCCGGCCCCUUCACCCGCUCCGUACCUGCCCGCGCCGGCCCGGACAUGUGGGUCCCUGUCACCCGUAACAUGCGUGACAACUUCUACCCCAGCGAGGCCGCAUACCCUCCCCUGACGUACAAGCCGCGCCUCCUCCGCCCUUACUCCUUCAUCUUCUUCAUCUUGCUGUGCCUGGCCAUGGUGGCCUGCCUGAUCACGGCGACCCUCUACUCCAACAGCCACGAUGGGCUCACCCCUUACAGCGGCACCAUCUACUCGGGCACCUACUUCCUCUUCCGCAUCCUGCCGCAGCUCGUGGCCGCCCUGAUCCUGGUGUAUGCGCAGGCCGUUGCCAUCACGUCGCAGCGCAUCCUCCCCUUCGCCAGCAUGGCCAGCGAGGACGCGCGCGACCGGUACCUGUCGCUGUUCCGCAACCUGUACCCGUCUAGCCUUCUGUGGCCCCGGGGCGUCUCCUCGGGCCCCUGGCAGGCCGCCGUCUUCAGCGUGGUCUCGUGGCUCGCCCUGUUCACCGUGCCGCUAGCCAGCUCGCUCUUCACCUGCAUCCUCGACGGCGAGGUGUGGACGUGGGCGCCAGUAAGGGGCAUCGCCUGGACGCUGGUGGGGCUGUACGCCGUCAUGGCCGUUGCCGGUGCGGUGCUCAUGGCCUUCUGGCUGCGCAGGUGGACGGGCCUCAUGUGGGACCCGCGCUCCAUCGCCGACGUCGUCACCCUGCUCAACCGCAGCAACACGACGGACGGGUACGCGGCCGCCGACGGUGCCUCCACGACACGCUCCCUGCGCGACCUCCUCCCCUCCCGCUGGCUGGACCGCCUGGGCUACUGGCGCACCGACGGCGACCACACCGGCAGCAUCUGGUACGGCAUCGGCACCCCGGGCACCUUUGGCGACCGCGAGGCCCACCUGGUCAGCGAGCUCAUGGGCAAGCGCAUCAGCCACAACACCUCCUCGUCCAUCGCGUCCGACGACGUGCCGAGCACGGGCGCCUACGCCCGGAGCUACGAACACCUCCCCGGCUUCCUGCGCACGGGGCCCAUCCUGGUCUUUGCCGCCACCUCGGGCGUCCUGCUUGUGGGUCUGAUGGUGGUGUCGUUCCUGCCCCAGACGCAGCUGGACAGGGGCUUCCUCCCCAAGCUGUCGGCCAAGCCGGUGCAGCCGGGUGCAUUCUCGGCGGCCAACUUCCUGUACAGCUUCGUCCCGUCGCUGCUGGGCAUCGUGCUCUUCCUGCUGAUCCAGAGCCUGGACCAGGCGGUGCGCGUGGUGCAGCCGUGGGCCGAGCUGACCAGCCCGUUGGGCGGCGUGGCGCGCAAGUCCAUCCUGGCCGAGUACGCGGCGUGCUGCCACCCGCUCGAGGCGACGUGGCGGUCGGCGCGCGUGGGCCACUGGCGCGUCACGGUGCUGUCCCUCGUGGCCUCGCUGUCGGUGGGCAUCCCCGUCCUCGCAGGCGGCCUGUUCAUGGCCCUGACCACGGGCUCCGGCCGUGUCCGCAUGUUCCCCAACAUCCCCGUGUACGGCGUCCUGCUGGCCCUGCUGUUUCUCUACGUCGGCAGCGUGACCAUGAUGGUGCCUCGGAGGGACGGCUUCCGCCUCCCCCACGCCGUCACCUGCAUUGCCGGCCUGGUCAGCCUGUGCACGGCCGACGAGCUCACGCGCGACGCCGCCUUCCGGUCCGUCCGCUCCCGCGCCGACCUAGAGGCCCGUCUGGGCGUCGACAGGGAUGCCGACCUGCGCGAGGAGAGCGUCUGGUGCUUUGGUGUCGUGCCGGGCAGAGACGAGCAGAGGCUGAGCGUCAGGAGGCUACGACGGUUCACCGAGAAGAUGCCGCUGUAUAGGGAUCAUGCUACUUCCAUGGUCUGA